AUAGCCUCGGGGCUAACUGUACAAGUAGGUUGUGCAACAAAUGAUAUAUGUCAAGUUGACUAUAGUUCGAUGGAAGACUAUGGAACAUACUAUGAUAACUAUGAAAACUAUAAAAUGGAUGAACGCCCUACUGUUCAGUAUACCGUUUGCAAAUUUUGGCCAAGUGGAUUUAUGUUCAAGAAAUUAUACAAAAAAGGAAAACAAUGUGAAGCAGGGUGGCCAUGUUGUCGUCCCAAUUCAAUUUGCAACAAGGAUGGACUCUGCGAAACAGAAAAAGGUUUGAAUGAAAUAGAAUUUCAUGUCGAUAAAAGAAAAUGCGAUAAAGGAAAGUUUCCAUGUAAAAAAAGUGCUCUUGAUGCUAUGAAUAAAUUCCGAAUUCAACUUGCUGCCGGAAAUAUUUCGGCCAAAAAUGGAAAUUUUCCAAUGGGAAAAGAAAUUUACAAAUUGAGAUUGGAAAAAAUAAGUGAUGAAAUAAAAUAA